CCAGCCUCGUAGCUGCCAAUCCGCCCGUUCUUCUGACGUAAAUGUUAUCCACUUUUGCCGACAAUGGUUUUGGGCGCUUUCCAAUAAUAGUUUCUGAAAAACAUGGCUUCUUUUCGGCUUCUGUCACCCUCCGUUGCGUUGCGUCCGAUCUGUUGUUGCUCCUUGCCCAUGCCCAUGCACAGCACUACCCGAUCAAUUGCCGAUAUUUGCCAUCCAGGUGGCAAACAUGACUUGGGUGCAAGCCAUAUUCGAGAGGCUCGCGGAGGAUUUGCCCUGCGCGAGUUUGCCUUAGAGGAAAAGUACUUCUGGGAUCACGAAAAGGAGAUCAUUCGAGAGCUCCAGGCCAAGUUACAAAGGAAAGAAACCGAAGUAUUGAAAAGAUUGGAUGCAGAUCCAAAAAUGGAUCCUGAGUUUCGAGAGGAAAUUUUGAAGGAUGGGCGAAGCGUAUCUGGGGUGCAUGGCGCCGAUGCUUUCAAGAAGAAACAGGCCGCUGCCGAGGAGCAAUACAUCCGUAACAGGGAACGGGAACGUUUAGAGAAGCUUAAGGGCAGUGUUCAGUAACACUAUAGUUGUCGGUACUUCAUACGCGAUUAUGGAGGAGUUACUGCACAUGCUCGCAGCGCGCAAUUCUGGUCUCAGAUACUAUCUAUUUAGAUUCUAUGACCAAUAAGUGCGAGUACCUUGCUUUGAAUUCGCUGUUCGUGACUUCUAUUAGCUAUCUAUCUGUACAAAGACAAACGUGCAGUAGGUGUUUUUCGGUUGCAGAAGUACCCCAAUGGGGUUAAAUGUCCUUGCUACCUUCCCAAUUUUCA